GUGAAGGCGGGCGCGGGUGCGCUGGCGUUGGGAGGGGGCGGCCCGGCGGGUUCACUUGUGUUCGUGCAUCAGCCCUCCUGUCCCGCAGGGCCGGGGGGCGGCGGUGGGCGCCUCUCCGUGCGAGAGUGGGCUCUGCCUUGUGGGGAAAUAAAAUGCCCGGUAAGGCGUACUGACGGUGUCCACAGGCAAGGGGCCGGCACAGGGCGGGCGUGCCGACAUGGAGGGAGAUGAAGAGGAAGACUACAUGUCUGAUUCGUUUAUUAAACAGGAUGUAAGGCCAGGCUUGCCCAUGGUAAGGCGUGUAAAGGAAGCUAUUCAGAAAGAAGAAAAGCAAAAGGAAGCCAAUGAGAAGAACAGGCAAAAGAGUAUAAAAGAAGAAGAAAAAGAGAGGCGAGACUUGGUGUUGAAAAGCGCGUUGGGCAACGAGAACAAAGGCUUUGCUUUGCUCCAGAAGAUGGGCUACAGGAGCGGCCAGGCCCUUGGCAAAAGCGGAGAAGGCAUUGUUGAACCUAUUCCUCUGAACAUAAAAACAGGCAGAAGUGGUCUUGGUCAUGAGGAAUUAAAAAAGCGAAAAGCUGAAGAAAAACUGGAAAACUAUAGACAAAAACUCCAUAUGAAAAAACAAGCAAAUGAACAAGCUGCAGAUCAGUUCAGAAUAAGAUUCAAAAACAAACAAGAAGAACGUAAGAUGGAAGGGGACCUGCGAAAAAGCCAGAGGGCCUGCCAGCAAUUAGAUAUGCAAAAAGACAUUGAAGUUCCCAAAGAGACUUGGUUUUGGAUAGAACCUGAAGAGGAAGAGAAAAAGGAUGAGGAAGACAAGGAAGAUGAAUGCACAAGCUCAGACUUAAGUGUAUCAGAAAAGCUACACAUCCUGACAGCCUACUUGAGAAAAGAACACUUUUAUUGCAUUUGGUGUGGAACAACCUAUGAAGACUCUGAAGACUUAUCUUCAAACUGUCCCGGAGACAGUGCUGCAGAUCAUGACUAAAACCUUUCUAAAGGAAGGAGUCCUAAAUAAAGUUAUGUUGGCUCUACAGCACUGAAUAGUUUGACAAGAUACAGCUCCAAGGCAAGCAGUUGGAAGGACUAACAUACCUGUCUUUUCACUCUGCUCUCCACCACUGCACACACAAUACUUUGAGUUCAGGCAACUCUGAACUCUUUGAAGUAUAUAACUGAAGAGUAACAGAAAAACUGCUGUUAACUUUUGUGGGGCUGACAGUGGCACCACCAGAGGUAUUCAGUACACUGAAUUAAGGGUUAGGCAUUCCUCAGUAUUAUAAUAGGGAUUAAAACCUAGCAGCGUAGGAAGGAAUGUUAAAAGUGCUCUCUCAGCAUAGGACUUCAAAUGAUUACUACUGAGGAAACUCUGGAGAAUUUUGCUAUAUUAAUAGCACCUUAAGUGUUCCUUUCAAAAAAAUAAAAACAAACCAAACCAUCAAAACCCAAGUUUUUCAGAAGUUUAGAAUUUCUCAAGUAGAUUUCCUAGAAGCUGAACAUUUAACAUUUAAAUUCUUAAUAAAUGCUUACUUUAAAAGUAUAUCUUAUUAAAUUUUAGAGCACUGAAGGUGCUAGGUCAUCAACAGAUGUAAACAGAUAAGAAAGCUCACCUUACAGUACUGAAAUUCAGUGAAGAAUAACCCAUGCCUAUUCCUAGUAUCUUUUCUACCUAAACUAGUCUUAAUUUUAAUGGGAGCAUUCCAGUAAUUAUUAAAAGUAUCACUGAAAAAUCAGACAGGUUUGAGUCACAUACCAGAAGACAGCACUUCUUCCACGGAAAGUAACAAAUAACCUCAAAGAAUAAUGGAUGCAGCACCACAUCCAGGGAUUUGCCACAGGCCAGUUAGCACUUAAGCCCAUCAACAUAAUCUUCUAACAGAAAAGGACUAGGUUCUUUUACUUAUUUGUAGAAUACAGUUCAGCUCAUCCACAACCUGUAUUUUCAGGUAAAAAUUGCAAGUGAUUUCUUGCAGAAGUAUCCAGUCCUGGUCUGCAGCCAGUGGACAUGAAUGGUGAUGUGGCCUUCGAGCUGACAGACUCGACAAUGGCAGGAAGGCAAAGCACCAAGGAAAAGACAUACCCCAAGUCUUGCUGUUGCUUCUUACAUCUAUUGUUAUUUUGUCAGUUUCAAUAAAUCCAUGAAACGCUGGAUUUAAACACAGUCUGAAAGCCUUUUAAAAGGGCAUUUAACAAGUAUAAUUUUUAAGUGACUUCUCUUUAUCAACAGACUUAACAAGAUCAAGUAUUCGAGUUGCAGAGGGUCUCUUGGAAGGGUCUGUUGAAAGCAUCUUUUUGAUUAUGGAUGCCUGCAAAAAAAUUUAAAUGUCAAUAGAUUUUUUUUUUUUUAGUAAAUAAAGUAAUCAAAAUAAUUUAUUAAAAUCCCAUACCUUUGGUGGAAAUUGGUUGGUGAAACUCUUUGGAAAAUGACCUUCUCUAACAGAAGGCCAUACCUGAAAUUCAUAAAAGAGAACAGUUUUAGUAUGCUUUCUUUGAUUAUAUUUUACAUGUCUACCUUAUGACCCAUAUAGUUUACUGAAGUAAUUAGGAAACCACAAAUCUGCAAGAAAGUAAGUCUUCAAAACGUAACUGUAAACAGUUUGAAAGUUUCUUCCAUUUAGUUGUACACUGUUUUGGUUUUAUGGACUUUUCAUCAACUAUUGUUCCUUUCUAAGCUUAAAAGCUUUGCACUCUACAAUGAUGUGUUUGUUUCAGCAGUCCUCUCUAUUUCAGAACCAUUAUCCUUCUUUCCCUAAUUUAAAAGUAGUGGAUUUAUAUCAUCUAACCACAUUGAAAGAAAAGAAAAAAGCAAGACAACUGAAUUUCCUACUUUGGAUGUUACUGUUUGCAAGCCAAGCAGGUGUGCUUCCAUGUUCAGUACCACACACUGAACUGAAGUAUGUCACUGCCAAAAAUGCUAUGUGGAGUUCAAAGCAGCUAACAUAUAGAGGAUUUCUAAUUACAUGCUUUAGAAACCA